UUACAGCUCAACAAUUUACUUAACUUUGCGUUCGUAAAAAAUAAACUUUUCGCGCGACGCUUUUCAGUUUUGAUUGAGAAUUCACAUAGAAAAUCGUUUGUAGUUCGUAAAUAUAAAAUAAGUAUGCAAACUGAUUGAGAUAAUUUUGAAUUCGAAGAACUCGUUGAAAGCAUUUUGCGUUCAGUCGGUUGAAAUUUAUUCCAUGCGGUGAGCACCUAUUAACACUGAUACCGGCACUGAAAGCGAAAGUACGGAAGUUUGUUGUCAAUAAAUGUAAAUCCUUUGUUUAUUAUGCUGUUUUCUUAAAAAUAUUAUUAAAUAUACAGUGUAAUAACUUCAUUGAGAGUUAUUCACAAAUAUUUUUCAUUUGUUUUACAUUUUAGCUGAUGAGAACUCUAUUUUCAUGUAAACAGAUUAGAAGAUAUAUUCGUUUCUUCCCUUAUUUGAGUAAUUCUCUUCCUAAUAAAAGGAUAGUUGUGAGUUCUUUCCACUCAUCUGUAUAUUACCACUGCAAUUUAACACUGCUCAAGCCUAAAAAAAUAAUGUCUGAUUUCAUUCAUCCUAAUAACACACCUGUUGUACUGUUAAGCUGUGAAGAAGCUUUCAAAGAACUGGCAGACAAUGAAAAACUAUAUGCUCAUUAUUUGUCAAGGGCAUCAUGGUUUGGAGGGCUUAUUGUAUUAUUUCAGACUUCUUUGGAAAGCCCUCUUGUGUUUACUUUAUUGUUCAAGUUAUUUCGAGAGCAACCUCUUGAGGACAUAAAACAACUUGCUUUAACCAAAUGUGGUUUUACUGAAGAUGAAUAUAUGGCUCUUCUUGUUUAUACUUCAGCUUUGUUUUCCAACAUGGGAAAUUACAAAGGCUGUGGUGACACUAAGUUCAUCCCAGAUUUACCCAAGGAAAAGUUUGAAAAACUUGUAUUGUUAAGUAAGUUUGGUAGCAAUCACCAAGAAGAAGCAACGAGACUGAUGAAACUAUGCUUGGAAUCCAUGUAUUCAUUAAAAGAUAAUGAAAGGAGAUUGGGUUUCCCAUAUGAAGCGACUACCACAUACAUGUCUAAAAAUUUUCUCAAAGAGGAUGAAAAAAUUGUAAAAGAUUUUUUCAAAAAACAGGGCAUGGACGCCUACAACUCUAGAUUGUUUAAAAUUGUUGAUGAAUCUGGCACUAUAACUUAUGAAAUACGCCUUGCAUCUGUGCUGAGUACAGAGGAUGAUGAAGAGAAAAAUGUAGUAAAGUCAGUUGCUCUCAAUGGUCACAAAUUUCUAAUUACCCGUGGAGAUUACAGUAAACUUUUGAGUUUAGUGAAUAAGAACUUAGAGUGUGCUAAGAAAUUUGCCAGUAAUGAACUGGAGGUUAAGAUGAUUGAAAAAUAUAUAUAUAGUUUCCAGACUGGCUCUUUGAAUGCCCAUAAAGAUGGCUCAAGGUUUUGGAUAAAAAAUAAAGGCCCUAUUGUAGAAAGUUAUAUUGGAUUCAUUGAAAGUUAUAGAGAUCCAUCUGGUAUUAGAGGAGAAUUUGAAGGUUUUGUCGCUAUGGUUGAUAAGCCUCUGAGUAAGAAAUUUUCCACCCUUGUUGCUGCAGCUGAAGAAUUCAUUCAUCUUUUGCCUUGGCCAAGUACUUUUGAGAAAGACACAUUUUUGAAACCUGAUUUUACAUCUUUAGAAGUUUUAACUUAUUCUGGCAGUAAUAUCCCUUAUGGAAUAUGCAUUCCCAACUAUGAAGAAAUACGCCAGACAGAAGGCUUCAAGAAUGUUUCCUUAAAUAAUACAAUUAAUGUAAAGACAACUGAAAAGCCGAAUUUUCUGAGCCCAAAUGAUCAAGAUCUAUUGUUGCAGCUAAAGAAUUCUGCAUUUACAGUUAUUGUAGCUCUUCAUGAACUCUUAGGACACGGAAGUGGGAAAGUAUUUCAUCGAAACAAAGAUGGCAGCUUUAAUUUUGAUGUCGAUCAAGUCAUUAAUUUUGAAACUAAUCAAAAGAUUACAAAAUGGUAUGAAGAUGGAGAAAACUUUGAAUCUGUGUUUGGAGGCUUCCACUCUAGCUAUGAAGAAUGUAGAGCUGAUAGUGUUGCAUUGUAUCUCUGCAUGGUUCCUGAAAUUUUAAAAAUUUUCAAUUAUGAAGGUCCUGAAGCAGAUGAUAUUACUUACACAAUUUGGUUGAUGAUGGCAUGGAUGGGUUUAGAAGGUCUUCAAACAUAUGAUCCUCCAUCUAAAACAUGGCUACAGGCUCAUCGUCAAGCACGUUACGUAAUGCUGCAAGUCAUGCUUGAAGCCGGUGAGGAUUUUGUGAAGAUAGAGAAAGUGAAAGGGUCUGAUGGAAAUCCUGAUCUUUUAUUAACUUUAGAUGCCUCUAAGAUCAAAACAGUUGGAAAAGCAGCAUUAGGGAAUUUCUUGCGGAGAUUACAGCUGUACAAAGCGACUGCAGACAUUGAAUCAGCUAGAAAAAUGUACGAUGGUUAUUCCUUAGUGAGUUCAGAAGCUGCUCAUCCUUUCUUGGAUUACAGAAAUAUUGUCAUGGCAAGAAAGAAACCUAGAAUUAUGUUCGUACAAGUCAACACAUUUGAAGAAGAUGGUAAAGUUGUAUUAAAGAACUAUGAUUCAACUGUUGAAGGGAUGAUAAAAUCAUGGAUAGAUCGUUUUCCUGAUAGUUCUAUAUGUGAUAUUUUGGAAGAACUAUGGAAGAAAGACAGUGCCUAUUUUGUUUAAAACAAAUAAAACUUAUUUUUGUUACAUUAACUUAAUAAACACAUUUUUUAAUAUUGUUA